AUGGGCCAGUCUAUCUAUCCAAUCCUCACUCGGUUCGGACAGCUCCAAAGGGGACCUCAACAAGUGUCCCAUCUGCCGGGAGCCCUAAAAGCCAGCUUCGCCUGGCCAAAACAAUCCCACUUGGUUUCAGAGCGUGCCAACAGCGGUCCUUGCGUCGUGUCAGGCGAGGAGGAAUGGCCGCGAUCGCCGUGCGCCCCUUUUAAGCACUCGUUUGGCUCUUGA